CUCCACAAAGAAUAAUUUGGGAAUGCGUACAUCCUAGAUUCUCCCAUAUAAAAGAGUGCAUGUGUCUGAACACUAUAGCUGUCAGUUGAAAUUGAAAGCAGUACUGAGCAUGAAAAUUCCUGUGGUAGUAUUGAUUGUGGCCAUAUUGGUAGCCACCUUUUCCGUUCCAGAUGUGGAUGCUGCUGACUGCAAUCAGAGGUCUUGUACCAGAGCAUGUCAAAGGGGAACUAGAUCAAUUCAAGCAUUUUGUCGAAGAAUCCCUGUAAGAGUUCCACAAGUGAGAGCUGCAUGCUGGGGCGUGCAGCUUGCUGGGCCUACCGUCUGCAAAGGAUUUUGCUACUGGUAUUGCGACUGAAUACAGAGAAAGAUAUGCACAUGCAGCUAUAAUUGAACAACUUUGUAGAAUAGUGUUUAUUAAUAGUAGGAUAUUACAAAUGUAGUUGUGUCGCUUAUACUGAUGGUUUUUUCUUUGUGCCCCUGAAUGGCAACUAUAUAUGUUGACAAAUUCCUUGCCAUAAAAAAGUAUUUGAAGUAUUCAUACACAAAAAUUAUGUGUUAAACUCGGCCUGGGAUCGAGGCUAAAGGCAAGUUUUAUGAUUAGCUUUCUUUUGUCCUUGUAUACACUUUCUUCUUUAUCACAUUCUGCGGAGGUUCCUCAUUUCCAUGCGGCAGUACUCUUGGAGGACGGCAAUCAAAGAUGUACUUUUGAUGAGAGUAUCACAUCGGAGAUCCAGUCUGAAGAAAUGAUCUGGCUCCAAAAUACAGCACCGGCUACUGGGCACACUGCAGGACCAUCUUCUCGUACAGUGGGCACAGUUUUUCAACAGCUGAUGGACAAAUAUCAGCCCAGUACUACUGCCCAAGCCAGUGAGCCGAAAAAAGAAGAUCCUUCGUCUUUGUCACCUCCACCAGCAUUGGCUACUGGGCACACUUUAGGAUCAUCUGCCCAACCAGUGAGUAUAGCUCUUCAAAAGCUGAUGGACAAAUAUCAGCUCACUACUUUCCAAAUCGACCGUGAAAUCCAGCAAAAAGACGUAUUAUAUUUGGCUGCCUGGUUUGACAAUGUGGAAUACUAUGUCGAUGCGAUGGAAUUAUCACCUGGUGAACAUAGCGAUGCCCGGAAAACAGAAAGUAACCACCUAGCCAUGAUCAUGUGUUUGAAAAUCUGGAAAAGUAAGAAGCUCUCACAAGCGACAUUCAGGGCCCUUCUCGAGAUGUUGGUAAAGCUGAAGAAAGGGGAGAUUGCUGACAACGUCUGUCAUUACAUAAAGGAAAUUCCCACCACAUCUGUUGAAGAGGGAUCACUUCGAGGGAUUUCUGUGGCACGAGGGCAGGAACACACUACUGAACAAGCAGUUCUGUCACCUAUCACCGAAGUAGCAGGCCUCUUGAGAAAGCGAUCAGUAAGAAGUGGAAGUGGGUGUGGGGACGAGGCUACAGAAUUAGAUGCCCUACUAUCAAGCAAUGGAUUGACGUACAAAGACGUGGAUGGGGAGUGCGAAGAUGAACAUAUAUUAAAUAUUUCACUGCAGCUGGAAAAGUGGGAGCUAGUAGCAACGCGGCUAGGAUUAACGCCAGCUGAGAUUGAAGCCAUCAAAUAUAACAAUCAAUGCAAUAUAGAAAUGAUGAGAUUGAACUGUCUUAAGAAAUGGAAAUCUAAGGCUCUACUCAGUGGAACAGCUACUUAUCGAGUUCUACUACAAGCUUUGUUGGCUCUUAGCUGCAACGACCAAGCAAAGCAAGCGUGCUCACUACUCAAGGAAUCACUAGAAUGUCAACAUAAAAAAUAGAUAAUUAGACCCAAAAACGUUAUAUUGUGUGUUGUGUGUGUUUGUUUGUUUUGCUUUAAUGUAUUUUUAUCAUAAGCCAAUAUUCAGUAAGGAAAA